UGCACUAACGGUCGCGCGGCAUUGCUCGCGCGACCAUAGUGGAGCUGUUGGGUUGUGGGCCGAACGCGCUGUGGAGAAGCGGCCGGGCGGGGCCUGUGUGUGGCGGACCGCUGUCCAGGUGCGAGGAGCGGCUAAGCGAGCGCUCCCGGGAGAAGCCGGCGCGGACGCCUGAGAAAAUAAUCGGCAUAGUUAUUGGAAAAACAGAUGUCAAAGGCUUUCCAGACAGAAAAAGCUGAGUUCUGUUUAACUCUUUGCUUCAUUUUUCAUCAACUGUGGCUUAUGACUACAACAAAAUAUAUUUAAGUGAUUAAAUUUCUCAUGCCUGUUUAACUCCCUAAGAGCAACAGCCAUGUUCUCUAUUGCAUGGUAAAGUACUUGAUUUAAGGCCACAUGUGUGGCCUUAAAUCAUUCUUAAUGAUUUUAUUUGAUAUCUCUAAAACAUAAUUUUAAAAGCUGUGUAUACAGUACUAAAAUAGCUAAAUUGGUCAACUCAUUAAUGUGUAUCAAUGAGUACUUAUUGAGCACCUCCACUGUGUAAAACCCGGUGUAAAGGUAAGAGAGAGAGAUGUUGUAUGUAGUCUCAUCAACCUCAGUUAUCAAAGUGUCUGAAAGGAUGGACGUGGAGCUAGUUUGACUGGGCUCAGCACCGAGUCAUCUGAGAUCUAUUCUAUGUACAGCUGUGAAAUCGGGGUAAAUAAAGCUGGGAUGAGAAUUAAAUGAGCUCAUACAUGGAAGGGUGUGUAAGGCACAGUAAGAACUCCAUGUUAACUAUCAAUAUCAGCCUAAGAGAUACAAGUACACAGGUAAAUCUUCAUAGAAGACAGAAAGUGAUAAGGAGGAAGGUUUUCCAGCAGGGAUAUGUCCUGACAGUGUUGAGCGAGAGAAGUAUGGCAGCAGUAUCUAUGUAUUUACUCAAAGAACCAGACAAUUCAGUGGAAAAAAAUCAUGUUUCACAUGUGGAAAAUACAGUUAAGUUUGCCUUUAGUGGUUCUUAUUGAGUUGCUUGAAUUGUGUAAGAAUUUUAGGACUAUGGAAAUACAAUCCGAGACUAAAAUUGGAUUUUUAAAAUCAACUGACCCUCAAACUUUUGUAGUUUACAUGCAGAGAUAAACUAUAGAAUGCCAAAAGUAGCAAUUCACUAUUAUUAGCUUUUGAAGUGUCAAUGCUUUUUAUUAAAAGGUACAGUAUAAGUCCUUCUAAACAGCCUGAGGGAAUCCGAGCUCUAGUCAGCCAGCCAGUAAUUUUGACAGAAGACAAUUAAUUGUGGCUGUGUUAAUUGACUUAUGGUGUAGUGAUAGGUACCUUUAUUUUCAUUUUAUUUUUUAUAAUAUUCUGUUGUUAUUUUUGAGGUAAAUAACAAAGAUGUCAUCUCCCACCCAUACUCCUCAUUUGUCUUCUCUUUACUGCAUCAUAAUUAAUUAGAUCAGAAUUACCACUUGAAUAGUUUGAGAAAUCCUGCAUCUCUGUUUUCUAAGCUGUAAAAGAAAUAACUUGAAAUAUAUGAAUUAGAAAAGGUCAAUAUUUAUAUAUUUGCUUAAAUUACAGCAAUGGAAUAUAAUUUUCACCUAUUAGACGGUGAGAGUAGGGCACCAUUUCUGUAGUGUUUGACUAUUUUUUAUAAUUGUCUGUACAGUAUUCCUUUUUUGGAAAAGAUAUACUUACUGACUUUAAAAAACAUUAUACAUAUCAAUAUACUGUCAUAAAAAAUUCAAGCAGGGCUUCCCUGGUGGCGCAGUGGUUGGGAGUCCGCCUGCCGAUGCAGGGGACACGGGUUCGUGCCCUGGUCCGGGCGGAUCCCACGUGCCGCGGAGCGGCUGGGCCCGUGAGCCAUGGCCUCUGGGCCUGCGCGUCCGGAGCCUGUGCUCCGCAGCGGGAGAGGCCACGACAGUGAGAGGCCCACGUACCGGAAAAAAAAAAAAAAAAAAAUUCAAGCAGUGCAGAAGGUCAUAGAGUCAAAAAGAGAAAUUCUUCAUUUAACCCUCAACUUUUCCCAUCCCAGCCCCCACCCCAAAGGUAAGCACUAAUCACAGUUCAAUAGAUAUCUAUAAUGUGCAUUUGUAUGUUAGGUUGUAUUACUUUUUAAAAACUUUUAAAAUUGAAGUAUAGUUGAUAUAUAAUAUUAUAGAACUUACAGGUAUACAGUAUAGUGAUUUACAAUUUUAAAGGUUAUAUUUCAUUGUAGUUAUUAUAAAAUACUUGCUGUAUUCCACGUGUUGUAUAGUAUAUCUUUGUAGCUUAUUUUGUACCUAGAAGUUUGUACCUCUUAAUCCCCUACCCCUGUAUUGCCCAUCCCCCCUUCCCCCUUCCCCCCUUCCCCCCUUCCCCCCUUCCCCCCUUCCCCCCUUCCCUCCUUCCCUCUCCCCACUGGUAACCACUAUCUGUGAUUCUGCUUUUUUGUUAUAUUCACUAGUUUGUUGUAUUUUUUAGAUUCCACAUAUAAAUGAUAUCAUACAGUAUUUGUCUUUCGUCUGACUUAUUUCACUUGGCAUAAUGCCCUCCAAGUCUAUCCAUGCUGCUGCAAAUGAUAUUGGAUCAGAAAGGUACACUUUCAGUUUCACCAUUCGUGAUUCAACAACCCAUUUUGUAAAUGCAACAUCGUGGGGCAAGGAAGAUUACAUCAGAUCACUUUCUGCCAGCUUUCGUGUUGGCGAGUGCGUGAUAAUUGAAAAUCCCCUGAUACAAAGAAAGGAAUUAGAAAGAGAAGAAAAGUUCAGCCCUGCAACUCCUAGCGAUUAUAAACUGUUGCUCAGUGAGAAUCACUCAAUGGUAACAGUUUGUUCCAGUUAUGAAGUGGAUGCCAAGCUACUUUCUUUGAUAUACUUACCUGUUAAAGAGUCUUGUGAUUAUUAUUCAUUGGGUGACAUUGUUGCAAACGGACACAGUCUUGAUGGGAGAAUUAUUAAUGUCCUUGCAGCUGUGAGGUCGGUUGGAGAGCCAAAAUACUUUACAACUUCAGACCGAAGAAAAGGCCAGAGGUGUGAAGUUAAACUCUAUGAUGAAACAGAGUCUUCUUUUGCAAUGUUAUGUUGGGAUAACGAAUCUAUUCUACUUGCACAGAGCUGGGUACCACGAGAAACAGUAAUAUUUGCCUCAGAUGUAAGAAUAAGUUUUGACAAAUUUCGGAACUGCAUGACAGCAACUGUAAUCUCAAAAACCAUUAUUACAACUAAUCCAGAUACACCAGAAGCUAACAUCCUAUUGAAUUUUAUAAGAGAAAAUAAAGAAACGAAUCCUCUGGAUGAUGAAAUUGACAGUUAUUUGAAAGAAUCCACAAAUUUAAAUACAAUAGUUGAUGUCUAUACAGUUGAACAAUUAAAGGUAAAAGCUUUGAAGAAUGAAGGAAAAGCUGAUCCUAUCUAUGGAAUUCUUUAUGCUUACAUUUCUACACUGAACAUUGAUGAUGAAACUACAAAAGUAGUUCGAAAUAGAUGUUCAGGCUGUGGUUACAUUGUAAAUGAAGCAUCCAGCACCUGUACAACUUGCAACAAAGAUUCUUCAGAAUUUAAAUCAGUUUUUCGCAGCUUCUAUAUGCUAAUUGAUCUUACUGAUCACACAGGUACCCUCCAUUCCUGUAGUCUCACAGGAAGUGUUGCUGAGGAGACUUUGGGCUUCACGGUAAAUGAGUUUCUUGCAAUGACGGAUGAACAGAAAACAGCAUUAAAGUGGCAGUUUCUUUUGGAAAGAAGCAAAAUUUAUUUAAAAUUUUUUUUAUCUCAUAGAGCAAGGGGUGGACUGAGAGUGAGCGUGCUCUCCUGUAAGCUCGCAGAUCCUAUGGAGGCAAGUAGGAACUUGUCUGGACAAGGAAAUAUUUAAAAACCAGACGUCAUUUUAAAUUCUGGAAAAGAAUACGAGUUUUAACCGCCUUUAAAGUGGAAAAUGAGUUUGAAAAUUACAAAUAAAAUUGUAUUUUGUUCAAAUGUGGUGAGAAUGUUUCUGUAAAUUGUUAUUGUGUUUCCCCCUGGAGUCGGUUAAGAGUAAAUCCUAAA